GUCCAGUCCCGUGUGGUUUCCCCCCUGAAAUGUCGAGUCUUUCGUUGCGAAAUUUGCGUGUGCGUUUUACUGUAAUUUCUCGCAAAUCAAACCGAAUUUUGGCAAAUGUUGCGGUAAUCGGGACGGGGAUAACGCCUGAAAUUUUACAAGACUGACUACGCGUUUGAUGGACUUAAGGUGUAUUUCUUCCCAAUCGAGUGAUUACAUUGGUCAGACUGGAAUUUGAGGAUUACAAACGUUACCAACCGAAUUUUCUACGCAAUGACCCUCGAGCAAGUGCCGCCAACACACGAUCGUUAAGGGCGACUCGCUGUCAGGCUUGCCAUCCCGACAAAAAUAGAAACACGGGGCAAUCUUGCCCGAAAUUCGAGCAGGAUCAUACUACUAGUCCGACCAUUCCACGCAAAGGCAGCGAGGCAAGCACGACCAGCAAAAGCAGCACGAAAAGCUUCCAUGGUUGGACGAAAUCGUUGACUCGGCACGCGAAACCACCCGGUCAUAAACGAACACAAUCAGCCGCAUCGACGAAGUCAUGCGAUGCGGGGGAGGAGGCUGCACAAGCGGCGGUCUCGACUUGUGGACCCUCCUCCCCUGCCCCCGGCCGAAAUCAGUCUUGCCACAACACCACCACCACCACACCCGAUCUAGGGAAAUUUGAUAGUUUAGAAUACAUCGAUCAAACUUCCACGUCUCCUGACAUUAUCGCCAUCAAUAAGGGCUAUCAUACGGUCGAAGAUGACCGCAAGAAGAAUAAGGCGAAAGUUAAGGCGAAGCCGGUCGGCAGCGGGAAAAAGAAGAGCAAGAAGGAGAAGGCGAAGAGUUCGUCUUUGAAUAGCGAAGAUGAGAAAAAAGAGAUUAUUACGACUGUUAGAACCAUUAGUACGGAUGUGGUGCACACCACUGUUGUUACUACUACCACUAGUUUAAAUAGGUACACGUUUACGAAGAUAGACGAUAGCGGCUUUAAUGCGGAAAAGAAGGAAAGGACGCAUAGUUGUUCGUCGAUUCCGUACGAUAAUAUUAUCGAGAAUUUGGCGCCGUUUAGGAAGAGGUUUUGUAAUAUACAACUGUUCAGCGAUGAUGACGAUUUACGCAACUUUGAGAAACACAAAGACAUGCCUGUACGCAUCAGCAGUGAUUUUCGUGCAGAUAUCGAACGAGUGAUCGACGGCAUCAUCGGAAUGGCCUUCCAAAUAAUCCAAAAGAACGGCCUCGAGAUCGAAAAGAGCACCAAAAAGAAACUAUCAACCGAUCUCACUUACUCCAAUCGUCUCCGUUGCAUCACCGGCGACAUCCUCGCGCCGAAAAUAAUAACACACACACCAUCAAGCGAUAAUUUAUUAGACGCUCGUAAUUUUGUCGAAGAAUACGAAGAGUAUCACGAUUCGUGUUCGGAAAUCCCCGAUUCGGCUCUAGCCGUCGGCCAGGUUAUAACCGAAUUGUCGGACAACGUCGACCGCGUGAUUAGCGAUAAGUGGAGGAACAAGAAAUCGGUUAAACACGGCGGUGUAACCUGUCUGAUUCCCGUGGAAACGGACUCGAACGCCGAAGAUGAACCGGAAGCACAGAACGAUAAGCGGCUGCUGGAGGUGGGGGCGCGCUACAACAUCCCGAAGAACUUGUUCAUCAACACCGAAAUGAAGGAAAUCACCGAACAAACCAUCGACGAGCUGCACAGAAACGACGAAAAUGCCGAAAAUAGUGCCGAUAUUGAGAAACCGCUAGUUGUCGAUCUAACACGUCCGAAGGACGAUGAUGACGAUGUUUAUCGACCAAUUGCCGUUAGUCCAGACGGUAGGUUCUUCAAAUACGAAGAGGAGAUCGGGCGAGGAUCGUUUAAAACCGUCUAUCGCGGGCUGGACACGGAAACAGGUGUGGCCGUGGCGUGGUGCGAACUCCAAGAGAAAAAACUAAACAAGGCUGAACGUCAACGCUUUCGCGAGGAGGCCGAAAUGUUGAAAAAACUCCAACAUCCGAACAUUGUCCGUUUUUACAACUAUUGGGAGUCGACCGGUACGAAAAAAAAGAACAUUGUUCUAGUCACUGAACUGAUGUUAAGCGGAACGCUUAAAACUUAUUUGAGACGUUUCAAAAAAAUCAAUCCGAAAGUAUUAAAAUCAUGGUGUCGGCAAAUACUCAAAGGUUUGGCGUUUCUCCACUCGAGGUCGCCACCGAUCAUACAUCGCGACUUGAAGUGUGAUAAUAUUUUUAUCACUGGAACGACCGGUUUGGUGAAAAUUGGCGAUCUGGGAUUGGCGACACUGAAAAAUCGCAGUUUUGCCAAAUCGGUGAUUGGUACGCCUGAAUUUAUGGCACCUGAGAUGUACGAGGAGCAUUACGAUGAAGGUGUGGACGUUUAUGCUUUUGGUAUGUGCAUGUUGGAGAUGGCAACUAGUGAAUAUCCCUAUUCGGAGUGUACAGGGCCGGCUCAAAUUUACAAAAAAGUCAUUUCGGGUGUCAAACCGGCAAGUUUUGAAAAAGUUCAAAACCCCGAAGUAAAAGACGUUAUUGAGAGUUGUAUAAGACCACGAAAAGAAGACCGACCGAAAGUUAAAGAUCUCCUAACUCACGCUUUCUUCGAGGAAGAUUUCGGCCUAAAAGUCGAAGUUGUGUCUCAGGAAAACAAUAAAGUCGUCUUCAGACUACGCGUAAUUGAUCCGAAAAAACGCACCCACAAACAUAAAGAAAACGAAGCGAUACAAUUCGAGUUUGACAUGGAAACCGAUCGUAUUGACACAAUUUCCGAGGAGAUGGCCAAAUCAGGUAUUAUUUUCGAAGAGGACGCCAAAACCGUGGCUCAACUCCUAAAGGCCCAAAUCGCCCAAAUCACCAAAGAACGUGAUCAGAGAAAUAAAGAAAAAGAAGCUCUGGCACAACAAAUACAAUAUCAACAGUAUUUGCAACAACAAACGCCCGCAAAUGUGGUCGUACAGCAACAACAGCAACAAGAGUACAACCAACAACCGAAUUUAGAACAACAAUAUCAACAACAACAACAACAAACCGAACAGGUGCAGUAUGUGCAACAGAAAAGCGAACCAGGAAUUGUACAAUAUACCAUGCAACCUGAAACGGUACAACAACAACAACAGCAACCACAAAUCUAUCAACAGGAACAACACCAAAACCCCCCGAUACUUCAGCGUCAACAAUCAAUGGAACCAGUCCAACAACAGCCAAUAAUACAUAAACAACAAGCCCCGCAACAGUUCGUACAACAAAACUACGUUGUUGAAGGUCAUCCACAACAAGCCGAGUUCCUACAAGUUCAACAAAACGACAAUCAACAACAUAAACUGUCCAGUAUUUCACAACCUGAGCUAUUGCACGCAAUGCCAGCUCAGACUGAACACAGGUUAAGUGUUGAUAGCCAGUUGGAUACGUUACAGGAACAGAAUUAUCAACAACAACAAAGUUACCAGGGGAGUUAUCAACAACAACAACCGGCGCAGAAUUACCAACAACAACAAAUACCAACUCAGAAUUAUCAACCACCACAACAGCAACAACCACAAAGUUAUCAACCACCACAACAACCAGCUCAGAAUUAUCAACAGCCGCAGCAACCACCGGCCCAGAAUUAUCAACAAACUCAACCACAACAGAAUUAUCAACCACAACAGCAACAACAACCAGCUCAGAGUUAUCAACAGCCGCAACAACCGGCACAAAAUUAUCAACCGCCAUCUUAUCAACCCCCCCAGCAACAGCAACAGCAACAACCCGCUCAAAGUUAUCCUCAACAACAAGCGCCGGCCCAGAGUUAUCCUCAACAACAACCGCCGGCCCAGAGUUACACUCAACCACCACCAUCGCAGACGUACCAACAACCUCAACAACAACCACCGGCUCCCAAUUACCAACAACCACCACCGCCACAGAAUUACCAACAACCGUUUCAAACUCAACAGAGUUACACCGAACCGGUUAUACAACGCGUGUCAACGGUGGCGCCACCACAACAAGAAUUCAAUCAACAACCACCUCAACAAACCAAUAUUAUUGUUCAACAACAACCGCAACAAAAUUACACUCAAGCACCGACGACCUAUCAACAACAACAACCGGUUUAUCAACAACAACAAAGUUAUGUUCAACCACAAGUUGAGCCGAAUUUUACGGAACAACAGCAACAAGUUCAACAGUUUGUUCAACAACAGUCGGUCGAUCAAGUGUAUCAACCGCAACAACAGUUUCAACAAGUUAUUCCGCAGCAGGUCGAGCAACCACCCCCGGACCAACCGCACCGCCUCUCGGGGGAGGUGCCACCCCCGAUGAAUUUAGUCGAAUUACAGCAAAAACUCGCCCAACAACAUCGCGUCUCAACCACUUCUCUGCCUCCAAUGUCAACAUUCGACACUCAACCGGUGGAUACACGUCGAUUGUCGACUGUUUCCCAGCCACCUUCGAUGCAAGAAUACAUCCAACAACAACAAAUCACCGAAAAAGAUUCAGUCGAGGAGUUGCAACCAAGUAAAGAAGAAAGUAAAGAAGAUGUUAGCACUUCGGAACAAGUAAGUGAGGAAACAUCGACUGAAGAUAAACCGAAAACACGAAAACAAAGAUCAUUAACUACCAGACAACAAUUGAUCGUUCAAAACGUUCAUCCUGAUGGAACGGUCGAAUGUCAGUUGCUUUGCAAACAGAAAACGAUUAGUUUUAAGUUUAAUAGGUUUGAUACGACACCCACUGAUAUUGUCGAGGGAAUGAUUAAGCAAGAAUUGUUAAAACCAGGACCGUAUAAACAUUUGCACGAACAUUUGAAAGACGUUAUGGAACAGUUGAAGAAUAACCCGGAUAAGGUGCCCGACAGUCCGAAACCCUACGUGCAGAAGGUCAGACACGCAUCUCUGACGAGAUAUCCGCAUAAAAAAACACACAGACGCCACCGAUCUCGUGACGAUAGCAGCGGCCAAAUGUUGAUAAAGCCCGGCUUUGAGACGUACGAAGACACUUUCCAAGGCUUAAAAUCGACACUGUCGGAAAAACUCAGUCAGAAUUUGCGUUGUCGCGAAAGCCUCAACAGUAGCGGAACAGUUUCGCGAAAAACAAGCACCGCAAGCGACUACACACCCGAAAAUACCUACGUUUCAAACAAUCGAAGCGACCAAUCGACAACGGUGUCGUUCUCGAGCGACACCUGUGUGUCGGUUGGCCAACAACCCGAAGUGGUCGACGACCUUAAAAGUGAAACUGACGGCUCCCAAGACGUCCUAAAAGACGAACUAAACGACAGUUUGAAGCGAAAAGACGACGUGAAACUGGUCCCCGGUCAAAAAAUCGACUUGAAAGUGUUUAUUUUACGCACCGAGAACGAAUCGCGUGACCAAAACGAGGAAUCCGACGAAAAACCGAAAGAAGAAAGCGAGAAAAACGAAGAGAAAGUUGUUGAAACAACGACGGUUUUGAAAGUACCACAGAGAAAAAUUUCGAGGUUUUUGGUGAGUCCGGUCCUGUCUGGUGAGCUAGACUUGCCGAAGGACAAGGACUUCGGGCCGGAAACGGCCGAAGAGGACGCCCCGCCCACUCAGACUAAGUCUGAAAACUUGCGAAAAAGUUCAGCACCUGUUGAAUCCUCGGCGAAAAGUCUCGACGUCGAUAAAACAAGCGAGCAAAAGGUUAGCGUGUGUUCGUUGAAAGAGGAAUCAACUUGCGGUAAAGAGGAGCCCGUAAUGUGCGGCCCUGAGAUGAUAAACACCCUCGAACAAUUGAAAAUCAGUCUCGAUAAUCUCAAAAAUAGCAUGCAUCCGAAAAAAGAUUCGUCCGAAACUGACCCGAAAAAAAUCGUCGUUACGACCACCACUAACCAACAGUUCGUGACCGCAGCGCCACCUGUACAACAAUUCCCCCCACCCACACAACAACAACCGAAUCUCAUCUUACAACAACCGGCCAAUUACCAACAACCAGUUUCGCAAACAUCGCCCCCACAAAUGCUCUUGAAUUUAGCGAAACCUGGCGAAAUCCCAGCCACGAGCGUGAUUUACCAAGCGCCACAGACGUCGGUAAUGUCGGGAUCUGUAUCCGUGCAGAAUUUGGCAAUGCAACCGCAACAGCAACAAUUCCAACAUGCGGUCUCGGUCGAUGAUAAUGCGUUGAAUUUGCACCAACAGGGCGGUAUGGGAGUGAAAAAACUACCAUUGGAGAAUUUGAAACAGAUAACUGAGAGUGCGGCGUCGGGACGCGGCAGUCAGGCCUCGACGCCCCAAUUGGACAUCAAGUACGACGCGCAGUUGCAAAGCUUGCAACAGCAACUGUCGUCGAUUCCGUUAGCGCGGACCCAAACCACGGCGCCAUCUAGUCCGCAAGCUAACCCGGCUAAUUUGGAAUUCCCGCAAGAAUCUCUUAUCACUAACGCUAUCAAUAAAUUGCAAGUCGAGUCAGCGCCGGGCAGUGGUGCCACCUCUUCGGAAGUGUUAUCACCGGUUUUGGAGGUCGAUGUCGAGUUUAAAGCCAAGCAGUUGGCGGAACUGAACAACCAAUUGAAGAAAAUCAACCGACCGGAAGUUAUAGUCGAAGCAGGCGAGUCGUUACUGUCACCGGACGUGGCCGAACCUAAGGAACGUAAAGUCUCAAGGUUCAAGGUCAGUGUGGUUACAGAACCGGACCGGAGUAAGUUGGUCGUCGAGCCGGAGAAGAAGGAGGAGGAGACGAAGUCGGAUUACACGAGCGUGAUCAAUAAUACGUUUGAUAGUUUAGCGAAUAUUUUAGUCGGGACUUUACCACCGAAUUCGACAGAAUUUGCCGCACCACCCGAAGUCAGUCAAGUCAAACAUGCAGUUGGCACCACUGCACACCAUUCUAAUAUUAAAUCACCAAAAUCAUUAUCAUAUACCGAUUUAAAAAAGGAAAUCGAGCACAUUUUGCCGAUUAGAAGGAGGAAUUCCGGCGAAGGCAACCCCCGGAGGUUGUCGGGGGGGCGCCGCAUGUCUAAGACUUUCCGGCAGUACCCCCAAAUUGUCAUUCACCCCCCUGACGAGUCGCUCACGUCUAGCUUGCCCGACAUCAAUGCCUGUCUCGACGACCCCCAAAUCGUUAUCAAUAACGUCAGUGAUAAGAAUGUCAGUUGUCCCGAUUUGACAGAUGAGCAGCUGUACGAUGACACCGUGUUCAGUACCAACCUGCGGAAGCGAAAAUCGCCGACGAAACGAAAGUUUGCGAAAAAGAAACGGAAGCGAAAAGGGGAAUCACCGACUGAUAUAUUAAAGAAAAACUGGAAAUUUAAGCAUUCCGCAUCGAUGCAUAAUUUAAAAAGUCACAUGACGCAAAUGACUGACGAUUUUGAUAAUUAUCAUACGGUUCAUGGCGGGUUUAGUAAUUUAGAUAUGUACGCGUUUGAUAAUUACAGUCGUACCAACAGUACGGAGGUCGUUUACAAAUGUUGUUGCGGGAGGAGACUGUGCGAGGCAGUGGUGCCAAUCCAACAAUAUUUGGAAACUUAUUUCGUCACCAAGAGGAAAGAGACUUUUGAGGAAAUGUUGAAUAGACAAAAGGCUGAAUUGAAUGCUUUAAUGGAAGCCCACCGAAAGCAGCAGUUGGAGUUUAUGGAGUUUCACAGGAGACAGAUUGAAGAAAAUAAGAAAAUGUGAGAUCGGCUGAACUAGAAGGUCAUAAGUGAGAAUGAAGGCUGUAUAUUACUAUUUGUUUAUUUGUAUAAUAUUCAAUUUAAAAUAUGAAAUAUAAUGAAUUGA